GAUUCCUUCUAUACUUAGUUUUCUGCCCCUGAAUGUUUAUACCAUACCCAUAAGAAUUUCCUCGAAAUCUCUUUGUAUUGACAUCAAUGAUCAGCGGAUGGUUCAAUUAGUUGUAAAUAACCUAAAUCAGUUCAUUUAACUAUAUGCUUCUAAGCCGAAAUCAAGUUGAACGAAAUUGUUAUAAUUGAAUCCGUUUCUUGUUAACGAUUUCAGUUUCAAUUACCGAAUUAAUUGUAGGUUUUCACAUCCUGCAUGGAACAUGUCAUUGUAAAGCUAUUACCAGGUUUUUCAUUGUAAAACCUUUAUGGUAUUUUUUUUUUAGUUAUCUUCGAUUUAUUCUAUUGAUCAGGCUGAACUUUAACAAUGCAAUCAGUGGCAUCUUUGUUAUUAUUUGUUACGAUUAGUGCAGUAUAUUCGGAUGAAAUGAAGUGCCCCAAACCUGAACAAUUAGAAUACAAAGAAUCCUACUGCUACAAAAAUCAUGUCGAUAUAUUGGAUCGACUAUAUGAGUCUUCACAAUCACUCAUCAAUCUAGCCAAGAAAAAACUGGGAAAAGAAGUGAUAGAAAAUGAAAAAGUUCCUGAAAAGUGUGAGUACUACCAAUGUAUUCUUCAAGAACUUCAUAUGUUGAAUUCUAAAAAAUAUCCUAUAUACGACGUUAUCAAAACCUGGAUAGAAGAACACGUCGUAUUAUCACAAGGAAUGGAUUUGCUCCUAAGACUCAAUUCAUGCAAUGAUGCUUUAUCAAAUAGUACAGUACAAAAUCUACGUUUUAAAGGUAACCUUCAAAUGGAAGAAUAUUUAAACGAAGAUGAAAACGAUGUAAUCAGAAAAUGCGAGAUGAAUGCUGAAUUUGUGAGAUGUUUGUCCUUGCAGAAGGGAGUAAGUGAAGAGAAAUUUGCAUCAGCACAUUUUAUAGAACUUUUUUUUAGUGUCCGGUUUUCCAAUACCCUUAGGAGCUAAUUAAAAU